UUGUCCUGAAUGCAUUUGCUCUUUGGUGCAGAUUCCAAUCGCAACUUCUCAGGUUAUCUGAGUAUUUGAUAUGGUGAAGCAACUGAGCAAAAGAAAAAAUUUGAUCCUCAAUGAAUUGGCUUAUUCUUUCAUGACAAGUGGGUACAGGGAAUCACCUUCAUUGUUGCGAUUUAUGACUACAAGUAGGCGGGUUCAGGACAGAAGCAAGAAAAAGAGGGUGCAUGAUCUAGAAAUAGCAACAGAGAAGUGGAAGUUAGCCUCAAAGGUUUUGUUUCUUAUGGAGGUUUUGAAGAGAGAACCUGAGCAAAUCAUUCCUUUAAGAUCAUUGGAACAGUACAGAAGGCAUAUUAGCCUUCCUAAGCCCCACAAGAUCUCGGACUUCAUACGGAAAUCACCAAAGCUGUUUGAAUUGUACAAAGAUCACAAACGAGUUAUAUGGUGUGGGAUGACCAAGGAAGCUGACAACUUGGUGGAAGAGGAAGCAAAGAUCAUGGAGGAGCAUGGUGAGAAAGCUGCUGAGCAUGUUACCAGGCUCUUGAUGAUGACAGUGGAUAAGCGGCUUUCCAUGGACAAGAUUGCCCACUUCCGCAGAGACUUUGGCCUACCUUAUGAUUUACGAACCAGGUGGGCCUACAAGUACCCCCAAUGCUUCAGGGUGGUUAAAUCUGAGGAUGAUGUUGAGUAUUUGGAACUUGUCUCCUGGAAUCCAGCUUGGGCUGUAACAGAACUAGAGAAGAAAGUGGUUGGGGUAAAUGAGUCUACCCCUCCCACUCCAGGGUUGCUCACACUUCCAUUCCCCAUGAAAUUUCCUCAAAACUACAAGAAAAUUUUCCGAUAUGGUGGGAAAAUCGAACACUUCCAGAAACGGUCUUAUCUAUCUCCAUAUGCUGAUGCUCGAGGGCUUAAAGCAGGGUCACAGGAAUUCGAUAAGAGAGCAGUAGCGGUGAUGCAUGAGCUACUUAGCUUUACCAUUGAGAAAAGGGUGGUUACUGACCACCUCACCCACUUUCGUCAAGAAAUUGUGAUGCCUCAGAAACUGAUGAGACUUCUUCUGAAGCAUUUUGGGAUUUUCUAUGUCUCUGAGAGGGGAAAGAGAUUUAACGUGUUCUUGACGGAAGCUUAUGAAGGUUCUGAGCUGAUUCAAAAGUGCCCCUUGGUUCUUUGGAAAGAAAAGGUCCAGGCCCUAAUUGGUUACAGAGGAAGACAGCGGAGAAUUGAAUCAUUUAGUGACUUUUCAGAUAUGGAGGGUUUUGAUAAUCUGUUUGACAGCGACUUUAAAGGUGAAAAUGCUAUUGCAGAGCUUGAGAGUGAGGACACAAUUGCUGGGAUAGAGGACCUAUCUGCUCCUGAUCAUGAGAUGGAAGUAAGAGAUAUCUACACUGCUUACACAGGAAGCUGACCAGUGAAUUAU